CACCUUUUAAAUCCAAAAACUUCCAUCUGUCUCCCCACUCCCCCUCUCUUUCUAUCCCCAUCACGUGUUCCGUAAUGUCCCGCCUUUUUCGCGCUCGGCGCGUGAGCUACACCGUCGCCGCCGGAGCACUCACAGUCGCCGUUACCGGUUCCUACAUGUCACUCCGAGACACUUCCGUAUCUUCAAAUGACCGCGGUGGUGGAACGGCGUUAGAAUCAUUACGAAAAAGAAUCACCGACCCUACGGCGGUUGUGCCGGCGCGUGACUUACAACGAUCGUCUCUAAUCUCCGCCAAUUCCGGUAAUCCGCUCGACAUUCUCGUCAUUGGAGGCGGCGCCACCGGUUGCGGCGCUGCGCUUGAUGCCGCCACCAGAGGCUUACGUGUUGGUCUUGUGGAACGUGAGGAUUUCUCUUCCGGCACGUCGUCUCGGUCUACGAAGCUUAUUCAUGGAGGUGUUCGAUACUUGGAGAAAGCUGUCUUUAAUUUGGAUUACGGGCAACUGAAGUUAGUUUUUCAUGCUCUGGAGGAGCGUAAACAGGUUAUUGAUAAUGCUCCGCACCUCUGUCAUGCCUUACCCUGCAUGACACCAUGUUUUAGUUGGUUUGAGGCUGUGUACUACUGGGUGGGCCUGAAAAUGUAUGAUCUGGUGGCAGGACGGCAUCUAUUGCAUCUGUCUAGGUACUAUUCUGCACAAGAGUCUAUAGAACUUUUCCCUACACUUGCAAGGAAGGGUAACGACAGAAGCUUGAAAGGAACGGUGGUGUAUUAUGAUGGGCAAAUGAAUGAUUCACGAGUUAAUGUUGGUUUAGCAUGCACUGCUGCUUUAGCUGGUGCAGCUGUACUAAAUCAUGCAGAAGUUGUGUCCUUACUGAAAGAGGAGGGACAAGGGAGGAUAAUUGGAGCACGGAUUCAAGACAAUUUAUCAGGCGAAGAGUUCGAUACAUAUGCAAAAGUUGUUGUUAAUGCGGGUGGACCCUUUUGUGACUCGGUAAGAAAGCUAGCCGAUAAAGAUGCAAAACCGAUGAUCUCUCCUAGCAGUGGUGUACAUAUUGUGCUGCCAGACUAUUACUCUCCAGAGGGAAUGGGAUUGAUUGUUCCUAAAACAAAGGAUGGGCGUGUUGUGUUCAUGCUCCCAUGGUUGGGCAGGACAGUUGCUGGUACAACUGAUUCUAACACCAGCAUUACCAUGCUACCAGAACCCCAUGAGGAUGAGAUUGAAUUCAUACUAGAUGCUAUCCGUGAUUAUCUCAAUGUUAAGGUACGCCGUGUGGAUGUUCUCUCUGCUUGGAGUGGUAUUCGGCCACUGGCAAUGGAUCCAAAAGCAAAGAACACAGAGAGCAUUUCAAGGGAUCAUGUCGUGUGUGAAGAUAUCCCUGGUUUGGUCACAAUUACUGGUGGAAAGUGGACAACAUAUAGAAGUAUGGCCGAAGAUGCUGUGGAGGCGGCUAUUAAGUCAGGAAAGUUGAAUCCAGCAAACAAAACCUUGACAUCCAAUUUAUGUCUUGUGGGUGGAGAUGGCUGGGAUCCUGCAUUUUUCACUGUGGUCGCUCAAGAAUAUGUACGUAUGAAGAAAAUGAAAAACGGGCCACCAGUUCCUGGAGAGAUGGACACAGCUGCAGCAAAGCAUUUGUCUCACUCAUAUGGCACCAUGGCUGAAAAAGUAGCUUCUAUUGCUCAGAAUGAAAAUCUAGGCAAGCGGCUUGCCCAUGGGUACCCGUACCUUGAAGCUGAGGUGGCAUACUGUGCUCGGAAUGAGUACUGUGAAUCUGCUGUAGAUUUUAUUGCUAGAAGAUCUCGACUUGCUUUUCUUGACACAGAUGCUGCAAGCAAAGCAUUACCACGUGUCAUAGAGAUAUUGGCAGCGGAACAUGCCUGGGACAAGUCAAGGGAGAAGGAAGAGUUCCUGAUGGCCAUGAAGUUUCUGGAAACUUUUAGGUCAGCAAAGAAUGCUCAAUUCCAUGACGGAAAGCAUACAUAGUGAGUUCUUUUACCUAAAGUUUGUACUCGAUAGUAAAUAGUUGCUUUAGAAACCGGGUUAUACCCUAUAUAUGGAUUGUUGUAUGUUUUAUGCGUAUAUCAGUACAAAUAUCCAGACAUGGGAUUAUACUUGACCAUAGAAAUAAAAGUUUUGUUGACCAACCUGUGCUUAAGAUCAGCAAGCUGGCUUAGCAUUGUCUGAAGACAUGAAGAAAAAUGUAUUCUGAAAUCUUCAUGUUUCCUCUAAUAAAGUGAUACUCAUAUUAUGUUUAUAGGAAACCUUCAUAUUAACACAAGUAAAGACGCAUUCAUAUUUAUCAUUAUAUGAUGAUAAUUUAUAUAUUUGACCAACAAUCUAGAACUUU